GAUGGCUCAAGGCAUCCUGGACUUGCAGAAAGCGGCCGUGCUGCGCAUGCUGAACCUCGGAGAAGCAGCAGAUCAGACGUUUGCCACGGCCUCUACCUGGAAGGUCUUGGUGUACGACAAGUUCUGCCAGGAGGUCGUGGCUCAACUGCUGAAGGUUGGCGGGCUGCGGAACCACGGCGUGACCCUGCAUUUGAACAUCAACAGCGAGCGGUUACCGGUGGCAGACGUGCCAGCUGUAUAUUUCGUCGAGCCGACCGAGAAGAACAUCGCCAAGAUCGCGGAGGAUCUCUCCAAGAACUUGUACGAAAGUUGCUACGUGAACUUCGCUAGCGCCGUCCCGAGGCCUUUGCUAGAAGAUCUGGCCAAGAAUGCCUUGGAAGCGGGUGGAGCCCAGAAGGUCUCUGGCAUCUUUGAUAGAUAUAUCUGCUUUGUGUCCUUGUCGUCCACGCUCUUCUCCCUGAACCUCCCCUGCGUAUAUAGAGACCUCCACAGCACCCACCUUUCGGAGCAAGCUAUGCGACAGGGCGUCGAGCGCAUUGUCGACGGGCUUCUGUCCGUGGUGGCGACGAUGCGAGUGCUGCCGGUGAUCCGCUGUCCACCCGGCGAAGCUGCUCAGAUGGUGGCAGAACGAUUAGAG